AUCGCGCAUGCGCAGAGAAAAUCAGCCAUGUUGAUAACUGUGGUUAUCGGUCUCGAUUGGAGAAAUAUAAAAUUUCCGAACAAAGAAUCGCAUAAAAGGGCCUGCGUGCCUUCAUGGAGCCAGAACUCUGACACUAGAACUGACCUGAAAACAGAAAGUCUGAUUCCUGGCACCCUGACAUUCCGCUGUCCCGGGACAGACAUACUGAUUUGCUGCUUAGAAGUCCUUUACAAUGGGAUGUGGCUACUGAGAAACUUUUGAGGAUCUAAGUAUGGGUAUUUUUAGCAGUAAGCUAUUAUUUCAGCCUUCAACACAACAGUGUUGUGAACACAAGAAGAGAAAAAGAAAGUCAAAAUGUCUGCAUGAUAGUGAGACUGAAGAGGAGGAAGAGCUGGAAGAUCCCCUCAAUACUCCACGGAGGAAAAAAUUGAAAUGUACAUCUAAGUAUAUUUAUCAGACCCUGUUCCUGAAUGGUGAAAACAGUGAUAUAAAGAUUUGUGCUCUUGGUCAAGAAUGGAACUUGCACAAGAUCUACCUCUGUCAGUCCAGGUAUUUUUCCAGUAUGUUCUGUGGCUCCUGGAGAGAGUCCAGCAUGAAUGUUAUAGAACUGGAGAUUCCUGAUGACAAUAUUGAUACAGAAGCUUUACAGGUUACAUUUGGUUCUCUGUAUAGAGAUGAUGUAUUGAUUAAGCCAAGUAGAGUCAUUUCUGUUCUGGCAGCUGCCUGCAUGCUACAAUUGGACGGUUUGAUUAAGCAAUGUGUGGAAAUAAUGAAAGAAACCAUUAAUGUACAAACAGUUUGUGGAUAUUCCUCCGCUGCAGAUGUCUAUGGCUUGGAUUCAGUGAAAAACAAGUGCCUUGAAUGGCUUUUAAAUAACCUGAUGACUCAUCAAAAUGUUGACCUUUUUAAGGAGCUAAGUAUCAGUAUGAUGAAGCAGUUAAUUUGUUCCCCAGACUUGCUGGUCACACAAGUGGAAAUGGACGUCUAUACCGUUCUCAAAAAGUGGAUGUUCCUUCAGUUAGUGCCUUCCUGGAAUGGAUCCUUAAAAGAGCUGCUGCCUGCUGCAGAUGCCUGGUUUUCCCAGCGAAAGAAUGAUCUAGAAGAGAAUAGUAUCACAUUUUUGGAAUGCGAGCAAGGUUGCCAGUUUGUUCAAGUUUUCAGACAUCUGAAGCUACAAUAUAUCAUCAGUGACUUGAAUUCAGUAAGAAUCGUUGAACGUGAUGCCCUGAUACCUUCAGAAUGGCUGUCGUCCGUGUAUAAGCAGCAGUGGUUUGCCAUGCUCCGCACUGAACAGGAUAAUGACACAGGGCCACAGGAAAUCAAUAAAGAUGAUAUGGAAAACAAUAGCAUGAGAUGUGGCAGGAAACUUUCAAAGGAUGGAGAUUACUGUUGGAGAUGGACUGGAUUUAACUUUGGCUUUGAUUUGCUUGUCACGUACACCAAACGCCACAUCAUUUUCAAGCGUAAUACACUGAAUCAGCCGUGUAACAUGUCUGUCAGUCUACAAUCACAGAGAAGCAUCGCUUUCAGGUUGCGUUUGUCAUCAUUUGAUAGCAACGGUAGAAUUAUUUUUACUAAAGCAAGUGGAUACCAGAUCAUGAAUUUUGAUAAAGAUCAGGAACAGGUAGUGAUGAACUUGGACAGCCGGCUGCUUAUAUUUCCACUGUACAUUUGCUGCAACUUUUUAUACACAUCAUCAGAAAGAAGAGUUGAUAGUGAAUCCCAGCAGGACAUUCCAGAUAAUUGAACAUGUGAAACAGGAGUCCUAAUUUUUGCUUGCCCAGUCUUGAAGGACAUUUUGACAGGUGAUUUAAAAAAGACAACAUUCAUUUUGUCCGGAAUGUUUGUCUUUCUAAAUUACUUUGCAACAAAAGUUUAUUUCCUGAUGAAUCAAGCUUGGAUACAAUGUCAUAAAACCUUCUCGAACAGUCGAAAAGCAAAGUUAAAAACUGCUUUACCAGCAAAAAAAUGUUAAACAACCAAAAGUGCUUAUUUUCCACAACAGCUGGAAGUGUAUUUGAAUGAAAUCCCAGUUGCCAGUGAAUUAUUUAUAUACAGUUUAUUUCUCAUCAACAAAACCUUUUUUGUAUAAUUAAUGUUUGUCGAACAAGUCACAUCUGCCAUGCAGAUUGCAUUUUUGUUAACAUUUUUUUUAUUUAAAUAAUUGUAUAUAUGUUUGUUUUCAAAAGGAUUUUUUUGCAAUGGAAACUAAGCUUGGCAGAUAUACAAGGCCUAAGUUAUUUGCUUUAAGCGCAUUGAUGUAGAAUGGCGGAGUCUUGCUUUUGAUGUGAGCGCUGCGUUUAUAUAACUAUAAUUGUAGUGUUUAAGAAGAUGAAUAGUUUCUUCAUAGUAAUAGUUUUGUUAGACAUACGCGUAAAUUCAUUUUAUUUGUUUUUCACCACAAGCCUUAAAAACACCUAUUUGGCACCUAAGUAGAAAACCUUUAUAAAUUAUUAUAGCCGAUUGUUGGACAUUGGUCCACUGGUUACAGCUUGCAUUGUCUUUUUUUUUUUUUUUUUUUUUAAAGAUUAUAGUUACAAAUAACAAAAUAAGUUGUCGUUAUUUCUUUCAUAGCAUUUGUCACAGUAUCAGACAUUGUAUAGGAGCCUUUCUCUACUGGAAGCUGGUCUUUGUAGAGAGAGUUGCAUUUGUUUGCCUUUGGUAUAUCUUUAAGAAAUUAGUGUCAGAGGAUGCUUUAUUACUGAAUAACUGAAUGGGGCUUCUUUGAAAUGAGCAACAAUAAAGAGAGAACAAAAUAUA